AUGUAUUGUCUAAAAGUCAUUCUGUAUUUUCUAAAAGACAAUCAUUAUGUAUUGUAUUUUCUAAAAGUCAUUCUGUAUUUUCUUAAAGUCAUUCUCUAUUUUUUAAAAGUCAUUCUGUAUUUUCUUAAAGUCAUUCUCUAUUUUUUAAAAGUCAUUCUGUAUUUUCUUAAAGUCAUUCUGUAUUUUUUAAAAGUCAUUCUGUAUUUUCUUAAAGUCAUAUAA